AUGGCGCCUACUGCAACCGACUCCCCGGCCAACAAUUUGAACGGCCACAACCCUACCAACAGCAUUCGUGCCAAUGGCAUUCGCUCCAACAGGACCGAGGGCCCCACGGCUGAGAACAAGGCCGACAAGGCGGAGGCGGACCAAGAGGGCGACGACGACCCUAACUGCCACCACGUGCGCACCCUGCUCACUCCUGCGGAGCAGUGCGCAUACGUCUCCACGCACCCUCCCUGCCAGCUGGGCUCCUGGGUGCACUACCUCUCGCUCUACUACUGCCGCUCGCUCUCCCUCACGCGCGGGAUCGCAGCGGCGGGCAUGGCGGUGUGGCUGGGGGCGCUGUUCUUCAUGCUGGGCAACACCGCUGCGGACUUCUUCUGCCCGUCGCUGGAGCAGCUCUCGCACCUGCUGCGCCUGCCGCCCACUGUCGCUGGCGUCACGCUGCUGCCUCUUGGCAACGGCGCACCGGACGUGUUUGCCAGCAUAGCGGCAUUCGUGGGCACGGGGCAGGGGCAGGUGGGGCUGAACAGCGUGCUGGGCGCCGCCACCUUCGUGUCCUGCGUCGUGGCGGGCGCUGUCUGCAUCGUCGCUGCCAUGGCUGCUGCUGCCCGAGCCAGGGCUGCAGGCUCGGCAGGGGCGAAGAGGCUCGUGGACGCCACCGUGGUGGACGGCCCCUCGUUCAUCCGAGACGUCUGCUUCUUCUUCGCUGCUCUCCUUGUGCUGUUUGUGAUAGUGUGCAUGGGGUCCGUGCACCUCUGGACCGCCCUCCUCUUCUUCUCCAUCUACAUCGCCUACUGCUGCUGCGUCGCCUCUUUCCAACUCUCCUCCUCCUCCUCCUCCUCCUCCUCCUCCUCCUCCUCCGCUGCUGCUUCCUCUACCAGCACCCACAGCCCUGCCUCUCUCUCCUCCGCCCUCACCGAGCCCGCCAACCUGCAGCAGCCACUGCUGCCUGUCGACCAGUGGGAGUCGGGCGCAGGAACGCGCAGGGGAGCAGGGGACGGGGCGAAGGGGGGAAGGCUUGGCGGAGACGAAGAGGAGGAGAUGGAGGGGGGGGAUGGGCAGGGAGGAGAGGGCGGGGAAGGCGGUGAGGGUUCAGCGCAUGCGCAUGCAUUACCGCAGUGGAUGUGGACGAGAGAUGUUCGCAUCUUCCAGUUGGAGCCACAGCAUGGAGCGGGGCAUGGGGUGGCAGGCCGUGCUGCGUUCAUGGAGAUGGAGGAGGGCGCGGAUGGUGAUGCUGCUGGGGGGGUGCGGCCGCUGUGGGGAUGGGGCUCGGAUGAUGAAGAGGAGGAGGAAGAAGAGGAAGACGAGGAGGAUGUUCUGCAUUCGUGGGAGCCCCCAUCAGCACCUGUCCUCUCAGCUCAGGGCAUCGCCUACUGGUUCUUCUGCCUGCCCGCCAUGCUCCCGCGCCUCCUCACCAUCCCCCUCCUCCCUCGCGACUCACGCAGCCGAGUCCUCUCCCUCCUUUCCCUCGCCCUCUCCCCUCUCUUCUUCCUCCUCGUACUCCAAGGCUCGUUCCUCUCCCCUCUGCCGCUCUCUCUAGCUGCUGCCUCGGGCGCUUUCCUCUCCCUGCUCGGCCUCCUCGCCUCCUCAGGCCCUUCUGGUGCAAAGCACUUAUCAGCAGCAGUUCUCGGGCCAGCAUCGCACCACCACCACACCCAUCACCACCGCUCUGCAUCCCUCCCCAUCCCACCGCGUGUGCUGGGGCUACUGUGGGUGGUGCCGGGGUUUGUAAUGAGUGUAGUGUGGUUCUACGUGGUGGCAAACGAGCUGGUGGCGCUGCUGGUGUCAGCUGCUAUUGUGCUGCGAGUCAGCUCGUCUGUGCUCGGACUCACUCUGCUCGCAUGGGGCAAUUCUAUCGGAGACUUUGUCGCUAAUCUCGCUCUGGCGUAUGGCGGAGGGGCGAUCGGGGGGAGUGGAGGCGGGAUUCGAGGGCGGAGUGAGCGGGCGGCAGAGAGAGUGCAGAUUGCCUGGUCUGGCUGUUACGCGGGGCCCAUGUUUAAUACGCUGGUGGGGAUCGGCAUGUCCCUGGUUCUCACCUCCUGGCAUUCCUAUCCCCAUGCGUUCGUUAUCCCUGAAGACCCCACGCUGCCGUAUACGUUUGUCUUCCUCCUUUCCGCCGUCGCCACCAUGCCGCCCAAAAUGGAUCCCACGGCCAUUGUGGACGUGUUCGUCCGCGUGACGGGCGGCGAGGUCGGCGCGGCCUCGUCGCUGGCGCCUAAGAUCGGUCCGCUGGGUCUGUCGCCAAAGAAGAUAGGAGAAGAUAUCGCCAAGGAGACGGCCAAGGAGUGGAAGGGGCUGCGCGUUACCGUCAAGCUGACCGUGCAGAACCGACAGGCUAAGGUGUCCGUCGUUCCUAGCGCCGCGGCUCUGGUCAUUAAGGCUCUUAAGGAGCCGGAGCGCGACCGGAAGAAGACGAAGAACAUCAAGCACAACGGUAACAUCUCCAUGGAUGACGUCAUCGAGGUCGCGCGUGUGAUGCGGCCACGAUCGAUCGCGAAGGAGCUUACCGGCACGGUGAAGGAGAUUCUUGGGACGUGCGUGUCGGUGGGAUGCACUGUGGACGGCAAGAGCCCUAAGGACGUGCAGCAAGAGAUCGACGACGGCGAGAUCGAGAUUCCCGCCAACUAG